UGACAGCUUGCGCUUGCAUUGAACAUUGAAACUGACACCUUCCCGUCGGACUAGCAAGUGUUCGACGGCGAGCGCAAGUCUAGCAACAAUAUCUUUAAUUUAUUACAACAUUGAACUUUACCUUUGAAUAUUCCUUCCAUACUAUUUUUCAUCUUUUUUUACUUCCUUUUCCUCCCAAUUCCUUUUUUAGGUUCUUGUUCCCAUAUCUUCCCAUUAAUCUAAUCCAACUCGCUCAUUUGAUACCUCGCUACUUCUUAUAACUUAUUACAAAGCCAAGGCUACCUCACUACUUACUACUUACACACUCCCUACAUUGUAGUAUACACUCAUUGACGCUACGUGUACUCUUACCGGAAAUCUUGACGGAUCUUCCUGCUUGAUUACUUGCCUGACAUGAUUCCUAUUAUUGCCUGAGACUUUUGAACUUUGGGUAUCUAGGUCGGAUUACGCAACCUAAAUUAUUGAGCGCCUAUUCUCUCGCGCCACCUUGCUCUUGAGUAUCGCUCCGAGUGUCGCUCCGAGCAGUUCAUUCACGAUGGCAUCCGAUCUUCCCAGAUCGGCAACCUCUCAAGCCGGUUCCGAUUCACCCACCUUUACACUACACAUCCUAUCGCCUUCCGUAGGCGUACAAGGGAAAUUUACUCUCAAGGAACUUCCCGAGGAUUUGACUGUUAAACAGUUGAAAGAACGGAUCCGAAAUGUUGUCGCCGCGAAACCUGUAGACCAAGCCCAGCGCCUUAUCCAUAGAGGCCGCUUGCUAGCUCGCGACAGUGAGACCAUGACUGAAGUUUUCGGCCAGGAAGCGCUUCGCUCGAUGGAACCCCAGACUUUACAUUUGGUCCUACGUGAACCGUCCGAUGGUCAUACCUCGUCGACACCGAGUCCCUUUCCCACCACAAACCCGACAUCUGCCCCAGCCCCCCCAGCCCCCCUAGCUCAACAGUCAACAGGGCAUGCGGCGGGAAACUCAGCGGGAAUUCAAGGUCUACCGCAUCAGCAGCAUCAACAUCAACACUACACCCCCCCUUUGCAACCUCAACCUCAGGUGCGAUUUGGAGUUCCCCAUUACCACAACGUCACGUUCGGAAUCCCUCAAGGACCCAUCCAAACAUUUCCCGUUGCCGGCCAUCCCAUGAACCCUCCGCCAAGUCUUACACCACAGCAGUAUAGUCAAUGGAUGAGAGCUAUGAGCGCACACGCAGGUGCUCAUAGCCAAGCUGCAAGGGCGGGCACCCCAGGCACCCCAGGGAUGCCGGACAUGCCGGACAUGCCUACCACUAACAUCCGGGGCCCGUUGGGAGCGCGCACACCCUCGAGAACCACUUCGCCCUUCCAACCAGACGGUACCCGUACUACAGUCCGUGAGAGUAAUGGUCCUGGUGGUUUGCAAUGGCGCAUCACCCUUAACGAGACAUUCGUGAACAAUCCUUUACAACGACCGAUGAGAACUGGUUCCCCAUUCCCAGCUACCGAUACCGCGAACACUUCGAGUUCGCAGCCACGUUCUGUUCCAAAUGGGGGCCAAUUCUCUAGCAACGAACUUCAGAAUGUUCUGCGAGCUGCAGAUGCUGGCUCAGCUACAAGGGCGAUGACAGAUGCCAUGCGCAGGAAUGCUAGCAGUUCUUCCUUAGCAAAUCUUGGAACUGGCGCAGCUCACCAUCCCAUACCACCUGGAGUUACUACGCCAUUGAUUCCAUCGAGAGCAGGCAGUGGCACCGCCACCCCAGACCCCCUAAGAGCAUUUGGAACCAGGAACCAAUCAACAACUCAAUCUCAAGUCCAAUCUCAAGGCACGCCAGAAGUGUACAUUUUAUCAUCUCCUACCGGCCCGCGUGCUCUAUUGCUCAAUAGCAGCCUAGAGGCGUACUUCAGCCCUCCCGCCCGAAUCAUGAACCAACCCAUCGGAUACCCAUUCUUGUCGAGACCUUUUCCGCCAACAUUAGUCAAUCCCUUUAACCAACAAUUUGUAACACCAACACCAACAACUCAGCCACAAACCUCUUCAAUCGGACGGAGCCAUGCAUCCAACGCCCAACCCAACAACGCGCCCCAACAGCAACCACAACCGCGCCAGCCCCAAGCGCCAGCCCAACUUAAUUUGCCUCAAGCGCCUCGCGUUCAGCCUCACCUUGGGCAUGCUAUGGCACGCGCAGACAACCCGCAAGUGCAAGCCAUUCGACUAGCCCAGAUAUGGCCUCACAUAUGGAUGGUCAUCCGCUUAGGUCUCUUCAUUUGGUUCUUUACAUCGCCUACUUCCAGUUGGUCCCGUUGGGUUACCGUUAUUACUAUUGCCAUCACCUUGUUUCUGGUGAACACGGGACUUUUGAAUCCUCUGGCCGAACAAUUCUGGAUCCCCUUCCGCCGACACCUGGAGAACCUAAUCCCCCUUGCCGACGGCCAGCGUCAAAUUGUUCAACCAGCCGCAAGAGCCGAUCAUGGUAACGCCGUCGCUGGCGCAGGACACGAAGAUAGAAUGGAUCCCGCAAAUGCCGCGGCCCGGUUAGUGCAGCAGCGACGCCGCGCAAACACGAAUUGGCUGAUGGACCAAGCUAGAAGAUUGGAGCGCGCCGGAAUCCUGUUCCUCGCUAGUAUCGCACCAGGAGUAGCUGAGAGGCAUAUCGCGCAGGUGGAAGCGGAGGCACGAGCUGAACGAAGAAGACGGGAGGCCGAGGCCGCUGCCGCUGCCGCUGCUGCCGAAGCCGGAGCCGAGCAGUCUGAGGAACAGAGCCCGGAUAGCCAUGAUUCUGCUACGGUUGGUGGAGAAUCCGAACGACAAGAAGAAGCGGCUGGAGACGAGCAUGGUAACGAGAGACCCCCCGCCGCAGAAGAGCCUUUAGUCGUGAUAUGACCUGGAGCUGGAAGACUUAUAGCAUGCAACUACCGAUAUUACCAAAUCUGCGUAAUAUAGUACUAUUCUGCUAAGGGCAAUCAGGAGAGUGAUGGAUGAUGAAAAUAAUGAAGAGACCCGCCAGCAAGAGAGGCUUUGGCGGUAGGUACGUAGCUGACGCGGCAAAAAGGCAAAGUGAAACUUUUCGCUAUUUUUUCUUCUUUUUUUGUGCGAGUGAAUAUUUUUGUUGAAAAAAUGGCAAGCAGGCCUUCUUCAUUGGAACCCCCCUCUUUCCCCUUUGAGGGAAUAGGUUCACGGGUGUUUUUUUUUCGGGGGGGUUUUUUUUUUCAUUUCUGUACUUGUACCAAGAUAUGGGUCGGAGUUGGCGUCUUGCAUGAACAUGAUCUGGUGUAAGGUGUAGGGUGUCUGUCUGUCUGUCUGCCUGUCUGUUGUUGUUGGUUCAAGUUUGUACGGUGUUGAAAUGCGAAAAAAGGUGAUCAUGGCAUGGCAUGGCAUGGCAUG